AUGCCAUCCCGCCGCACGAUUACGGAGCGCUUGGAGACUCACGCUCAGAAGAAACGAGCAGAUAUGGAAGUCGCCAUCGUAGCAAGCGCCAUCUUUUACUGCCUCACUACCGAUAUCUGGACUUCUCACACAACAGAAAGUUUUCUAGCUCUGACAAUUCAUUACGUGACCGCUGCCUUCCAAAUGAAAACUUGUGAUGAACUGGGCGUCGACCACUUGAGUUGCGUGGCUCAUUCAUUGCAUCUUGUUGUGUCGGGAGCUCUAUCAAAA